CGCGGCAUUUUGAAUUUUCAAGGAAGUACAUUUUCGUUGCAUUUUCGCCUCUGCCACACUCACAUUUGCCGUUGUUAUUUGGACUUUUCGCUCGAUUUGUUUCUUUAAAUUCUAUUUCUAGACUUGCUUUUGUGCAAAAUUUUCUCACAUCUCAAUGAGCAAAUUACUCACUAUAGUCCGUCAGUUCACUUCAACGUCGUGUCAAAACAAUGUUUAUGCAAAUUUCGUUCGAUCGAAAUUUCAUGAAGUCAAGUCUACAAAACCAGAACUUACAAAUAUAGAAGUGUUAAAACAGCUGUCAGUGUUGUACAAGUCCUUACCAGCUAAAGAGUUGGAGAAGUUGAAGACAGAGACAAAGGAGGAACAAUCAGAAAUUGUGAAAGCUACUAGGUUCGCUUAUCGUAAUGGAAUGCCGAAGCCUCCACCGAAUUCUGGACUUAAAAUAUUUAUUAGAGAGAAGUUGAAUAAUUGUAAGGGUACAUCAUUGUCAAAGAUGCGUGAUGACUUUAAAACUACCAUAAAACAAUGGCUGUCGUUACCACAAUCCAAACAGUUGGAAUAUAAUAAUAUGGCAAAGGAGCUGAGAAAAAACUAUGAAGUAUCCCUGAAAGAAUGGGCAGUGGAUAAUAAUUUACGCUACACAAAACGUGUCUCUUUAUUGGCCAAUAGAUUUUACAAGUUGAACAAAGCGCCAUCGAAGUCUUAAGCGGAGAGAAGAGACCAAUAUCAUUUUAUGUAUUGUAUGGAUGUCAUUACGAAAUAAUUACUCUGUUAUUAUUAUUAUUAUUAUAAAUUAAGAGAAGGGUUUUACGCGUUUAUUCUUUAAAUAAAAGUUUUUAAUAAAUAAAGCAUUUAAA